UGGCCGAGCCGCGGAGGGGAGAGGCCGCGACCCUUCCCCGCCGGUGGGCGACGCGCCAGUGGGCCGGCGGCCUGGGCCUGGCGCUCCAUUUAAACCCUUAACCCUGGCCGCUGGCGGGCUCCGAAAACGAAACGAAAUUCGCCCCGCGGGCCGCCCCCGGGGCCCCGCCAGUCCCCCCGCGCGCCGCGCUCCCCGGAAUCGACGCUUCUCCCGCCAUUUGCCAUCGGGCUCUCAGCAAGCCGGCGCCGCGAGGACCCCGAGGGCGACAUGGCGGGCGGCGCGGACUGCGGAGACGGGGCUCGCGCCCGGCAGCACGUGUUCCUAGUCCCAGAAUAUUUAAAAGAUGCUUCAAAGAAGCCGAAAAGUGGGCUUAUGGUUGUAAAACUGGCUAACCCGUGUUCAGGGGAAGGAGCCCUUUACUUGUUCAAUAUGUGUCUACCGCAGCUGUUUGAAAUAAAAGUUUUCAAGGAAAAAAACCACUCUUGGUUUAUAAAUGAAUCAGUUCAAUCAGGAGGUCUUCUUCACUUUGCCACACCCAUGGACCCUCUGUUUCUGCUUCUCCACUACCUUAUAAAGGCUGAUAAAGAGGGAAAAUUUCAGCCCCUGGAUCAAGUUGUGAUGGAUGACAUGUUUCCAAACUGCAUCUUGUUGCUGAAACUUCCUGAACUUGAGAAGUUACUUCGACACGUGACAGAGGAGAAAGAAAUAGACAAGAAGAAAUAUUAUAAGUACAGCAAAGAGAAGACAUUAAAAUGGCUGGAAAAAAAGGUUAAUCAGACUAUGGCAGCCUUAAAAACCAAUAAUGUAAAUGUCGGUGCCCGGGUACAGUCUACUGCAUUUUUCUCUGGUGACCAGGUUUCCAGUGACAAGGAAGAGGAUUAUACUCUUUAUGCCCAUGGUCUGAUAUCUGAUUACAUCCCUAAAGAAUUAAGUGAUGACUUCUCUAAAUAUUUAAAGCUUCCAGAACCUCCAGCUGCAGCGCCAAACCCUCCAUCAAAGGUGGCAGCACAAAGACAGAAAAGAGCCAAGUGACAGCAGACCCAUGGCAAGUCUCAGCUGCUUCUCAAGUGAUUUAAGGCACUCCCCAAGGGCUACAACUUUGUCUUCUGCACUGUCUAGAAAAUCACCAAAUGCCAGAAGAUGUAUGUGAAAGGACUAACCAGGGAUGCUUUGUUUCUGUGAUCAAUACCACUAGUGCCUUCCGGCAGCGGCAACUCCCCCCUGGAGGCCACCGUCAUGGAACUAGAAAGCACCCUGAGUGUGAUUCUGCCCCGAGGAAUUCAAACCACAUCACCCCUCUGCCCCAGCCUACGCACCAUGAAGGUAUGGACUUUAAACAGUCUAGUGCUUCAGAUCUCAAAACUUUGGGAAGAGAGGGCUCAUUGUGAAAAUUGGGUCAUUGCUUAAGCUUGACCCUGUUGGCCUGCUCUGCUUUCCUGGCGUUAAGAGAGCACUUUUAGGUUUGCCUAUGGUGGCUGUAAGUACUAGAUUCCACACCAGAAGCUAUGACAAACCAAGUUUCUACCCUUAUUAAAAAAAGAAAACGGGAAUUCCCUGGAGGUCCAGGGAUUAGGACUCUGCACAUUCACUGCCGUGGCCAGGGUUCAAUCCCUGGUCAGGGAACUAGGAUCCUGCAAGCCAAAUGGUGCGCACAC